AUGCCGCCCGAGGACGGCUCGGGGAAGUCGACGAAGAAGCGACGUUUAGAUGCGCUAGAGUCGAGGUUCAAGGGCGCCGCGCGCGGCGGCGUCGCGGGCGCGUCGACCGCGUCGACGCGGCCGGGGCGACAACAACAUCCGAACGCGCGACCGCAUCGUCCGCAUCCCGCGGGCGGCCGCGGCCGCGGGCCGCACGCCCCCGGCGCGCGCGGCUUCCACGGCGAGAGGGCUUCUUCCGCGGCGCGCGGACCGCCAGGCGGCCGCGGCCGCGGGGGAGGACGACGCGCCCGGGACGACGCGGGAGGGAACCGAGACGGUGGCCUCGUCGGCGGGUUCCGAGGUCGCCGCGACGGCGACGGCGACGGCGACGACGCGAGGAACGACCCGGACGACGCGUGGUACGCGCGGUUAGGCGCGCGCGCGAGCGAUGGCGUCAUGGCCUCCGCGCACGCGCUUUCGACGCCGGCGUCGUUGCGCCGCGACGCCGCGUCGACGGCGGCGAUGGAGGGGGACGGAGUAGGAGGGAACGACGACGACGUCAUCAGAGGCGAAGAAGCGCGGCGCGCGUUCGUCUGGCAGCACCUGCGCGAUCUCGUCUCCACGAACCCCAAGUCCGGCGCGGACGCGGAGGCGGUGAUCGCGUCGAAGACGAAGGACAAGGUCCUGCUGUUAGACAGCGCGACCGGGGCGUUCAGCGCGGAGGACGUCGCGAAGGCGAAGAGAACGCGCGGCGACGGCGCCGCCGCCGCCGCCGGUCGCCGGAGAGCGCUGAGCUCGACGCAGAAGAAACGCGCGGGGUUGACGUCCAUACCCGCGGACAAGCGCAAGGCGUCGAUGUACGCGCCGUUGAAGGAGCUGUGGGUGAAGUACGCGACCGGGUUGCUCGAAGGCGGCGCCGGCGGGAAGGGCCUCGGCCGCGGCCGCGACGGCGACCAAAAAAAUGCCGCCGCCGCCGCCGCCGCCGCCGCGGGCGUCUCGCGCGGCGCGCUCGCGAGGCUCAAAGCCGCGGAGUUGCGCGGCGCGGAGGUUCGCGUGGACGCGUGCGCGCGGCCAUCGCUCGCGGGUAUCGUCGGCGUCGUCGUGAGGGACACUGCGAAGACGCUGCAGCUCGUGACGUCGAGAGACGUCGUCGUCGUCGUCCCGAAAGCCGGCGCGACGUUUUCAUUCGCGGCGCCCGUCGUCGUCGGGGACGGCGGCGGGGGCGCCGCCGGGGGCGCGGGGGCGACCGCGCCGCGCGUCGUGCUGCGCGGGGAGGAUCUCGCGCGAGGGUAG